AUGAGUCCUAUACAUAAUGGCCAAGUCUGCAGUACGUGGGGUAACUACCACUUCAAGACCUUUGACGGAGACAUCUUUCAGCUCCCCUCCACCUGCAACUAUGUUGUGACCUCACUGUGCCAUAGCAGUUAUGAGGAUUUCAACAUCCAGAUGAGGCGGCAGGUGGUGGACAACCAGCCCACCAUUAGCAAGAUCACCAUGAAGCUGGAUGGUGUAGUGGUGGAGCUUUCCAAGGGUUCCGUUGUUGUAAAUGGGAAGAAUGCCAUCUUACCAUUCAGUCAGUCUGGUAUUCUCAUUGAAGAGACUACCUCCUACAUCAAGAUCAAAGCAAAACUGGGAUUGGUAGCCAUCUGGAACCAGGAGGAUUCCUUCUUGGUGGAGAUGGACAUUAAAUUCAGAAACAAGACCUGUGGUCUAUGUGGAGAUUUUAAUGGAGUUCAACAAUUUGAUGAGUUCUAUAGCCAUGGUAUGAAAUUGUCCCCUGUCGACUUCGGAAACUUCUGGAAAUUGGAUGGUCCAACUGAAAGCUGUACUGAAAAAACACUGCUUUCGAAUCAUAAAUGCCCCAAUCUGAAACCAGUUUGUGAGCAGUUGCUCUCCGGUCCUGCCUUCAGCAGCUGUAAGGACUUGUUGGCCAUCGACUCAUUUGUUGAGGCCUGUGUAUCUGACCUGUGCCACUGUGAUAACAGCACCAACUCAUUCUGCCUGUGUAACACCAUCUCAGAGUACUCCCGUCAGUGUGUUCAUGCAGGGGGGAAGCCCCAGCAAUGGAGGACUGAACAGUUCUGCUAUAAAACAUGCCCCUUCAACAUGGAGUACCAGGAGUGUGGAAACCCCUGUGUUGACACCUGCUCCAACCCUGAGAGAGGCCAGAUGUGUGAGGACCACUGCUCAGAUGGCUGCUUUUGUCCUCCCGGCACCGUUUUUGAUGACGUCAACAAGAAUGGUUGUAUCGCCUUGAGUCAAUGCUCCUGCCGCCACAAUGGAAAAACCUACGCACCCGGAGAGUCUUAUUCAAGCACUUGCAAAGAUUGCUCCUGUGGUGGUGGUCAGUGGAAGUGUGUGGACAAGGACUGUCCUGGCACAUGUGCUGUGGAGGGAGGAUCCCACAUCAACACCUAUGAUGGAAAAGCCUACACCUUCCACGGGGACUGCUCUUAUGUUCUGACCAAGGACUGUGAUGGGAUGCAAUUCACUGUACUGGGUGAUCUGGUGCAGUGUGGGCUUUCUGACAGUGAGACUUGUCUAAAGGCUGUUAUCCUGUCCCUCUCAGAAGGAGCCACUGUGAUCAACAUACAACCCAAUGGAAAAGCCUUUGUAAAUGGAAUCUAUUCUCAGCUGCCCUUUUCUGUUGCUGGAGUAACUAUUUUCAGAGCCUCCUCAUUUUUCAUCAUCGUCCAGACCACCUUUGGCCUCCAGUUGGAAAUCCAACUCUCACCAAUCAUGCAGGUCUAUAUUGCUGCAAGCACCGUUUGGCAGCAGAGAACUUGCGGUCUUUGUGGAAACUUCAACAACAACCAAGGAGAUGAUUUCAAGGUCCUGAGCGGAGUGACUGAGGGCACAGCCAUUGGUUUUGCAAACACCUGGAAAACACGAGCCAGCUGCCCAGACAUCAAGAGUAGCUUUGAAAGCCCCUGCAGUUUAAGUCUUGACAAUGAGAAAUAUGCGCAGCACUGGUGCUCUCAGCUGGCUGAUCCUAAAGGGUUGUUUGCUCCAUGCCACGCAGCGAUAAGCCCAGACAUGUACAAAGAUAACUGCAUGUAUGACAGCUGUAACUGCGAGAAGAGUGAGGACUGCAUGUGUGCUGCCGUCUCCUCUUAUGUCCACGCUUGUGCUGCCGAGGGUAUCCAGCUCAGCGGCUGGAGAGACACUAUCUGCAACAAAUACUCCACCUCGUGCCCUAACACCAUGGUCUACAGCUACAGCAUGGAAAUCAGUGAUCGCUCCUGCCGCUGCUACAGCCACUCUGACUUGACCUGUUCAAUCACCUUCGAGCCUGUGGAUGGGUGUGUCUGUUCUGAGGGAACCUACCUGGAUGAUGAGGGCAAGUGUGUUCCACCAGCCAGCUGCCCUUGUUAUUACAAGGGCUCAGUGGUGUCCCCUGGAGAGGUCAUCAGCAAGGAUGGAACCAUGUGCACCUGCAAGGAGGGCAAACUCCAUUGUAUUGGAGAUUCACCUGAUCAUCCAUCAUGUGUUGCACCAAUGGUUUUCGUCAACUGCUCCAAUGCAAGCCCAGGAGUGAGAGGGUUAGAGUGUCAGAAGAGCUGCAAUAUUCUGGAUAUGGCCUGUAUCAGCACAGAGUGCAUAUCAGGCUGUAUGUGUCCCCCUGGACUGGUAUCCGAUGGAAAAGGAGGCUGCAUCAAGCCAGACCUUUGUCCUUGUUCUCACAAUGCAGCUACUUACCAACCAGGAGACAGCAUCAAGGUCGACUGCAAUACCUGCACUUGUAAAGACAGAAAAUGGCAGUGCACAACUAACCUGUGCCAUGGAACCUGUGCCAUUUAUGGAGAUGGACACUACAUUACUUUUGAUGGGAAACGAUUCACUUUCGAAGGAGACUGUGAAUACACUCUUACAAAGGACUACUGUGGAAACAACAAUGCCAAUGGCAGCUUCAGAGUCAUCACUGAGAACAUUCCCUGUGGAACAACAGGCACCACCUGCUCCAAGGCCAUCAAGCUCUUCCUGGGGAACAAUGAACUAAUUCUGACAGAAGGGAACUACCAAGUCAUUGAGAGAAAUACAGGGGAGGUGGUUCCUUACCAGAUUCGGACAAUGGGCAUCUACCUUGUGAUUGAAGCCAAUAAUGGGUUGAUUCUCAUGUGGGACAGGAAAACAAGCAUGUUCAUCAAACUGAACCCACAGUUCAAGGGACAUGUCUGUGGUCUGUGUGGAAACUAUGAUGGCAAUGCAAACAAUGACUUCACUACCAGAAGCCAGGCAGUAGUUGUCAAUCCUCUAGACUUUGGAAACAGCUGGAAAGUCUCUGCAAGCUGCCCCGAUGCAAAGAACAAAAGGAGCCCCUGUACUGCCAACCCUUACAGGCAGUCUUGGUCACAGAAGCAGUGCAGCAUCAUUCAGAGCAAAGUUUUCACAGACUGCCAUUCUAAAGUGGACCCCUCUUCUUUCUAUGAUGCGUGUGUGACAGACUCGUGUGCUUGCGACAGUGGUGGAGACUGUGAGUGUUUCUGUACCGCUGUGGCAGCUUAUGCAGAGGCCUGUAAUGAGGCUGGAGCCUGCAUAGCCUGGAGAAGCCCACAAAUCUGCCCACUGUUCUGUGAUUACUACAACCCCCCUGGAGAAUGUGAGUGGCACUACAAGGCCUGUGGAGCUCAGUGUAUGAAGACCUGCAGGAAUCCCUCCGGGAGCUGCUCAACUCAGAUACCACCUCUUGAAGGUUGCUAUCCAAAAUGUCCUCCUGCUCAACCCUUCUUUGAUGAAGAUAUAAUGAAGUGUGUGGAGAAGGAGCAGUGUGGCUGCUAUGACAGAGAUGGAAAACACUACAAUAAUGGAGAAAAAGUACCGACCACAGAAAACUGCCAGACAUGCUAUUGUAAUUCAGUGACAGUGGACUGCAAAUACGAUGUACAAGCUUGCACUUGCACCUACAAUGGGAACAAAUACCCCUAUGGGCAUAUCAUAUACGAUACAACGGAUGGACAUAGCAGCUGUAUGACAGCAGUUUGUGGGAAGAAUGGAACCAUUCACCGGGACAUGUACCCAUGUUCAACUACAACUCCAACAACUUCUAUUCCAUCUCAUCCAACUCCAUCUACGAAUGUUCCUACCUCUACAUCAUUCUCUACAGUGACAACAAAUGUUUUCACUUUCUCAACACCAACGCCAACUGAGCCAGCCACAUCUUCAACAGAGACAACAGUGUCUCCAACAACCUUUACCACUACAUGUGGACAUCCAUGUGUGUGGUCACAGUGGUUUGAUACCACAUUCCCUACACUUGGAACUCCAGGAGGAGACUCUGAAACCUACAACAACAUAAGAGCAGAGGGACACAAUAUAUGUGAGAAGCCAAGCAAGAUCCAAUGCAGAGCCGAGAAGUACACAAAUGUUAGCAUAAGCCAAGUAGGCCAAGUGGUGCAGUGUAAUGUAGCAGAAGGGUUGACUUGCAGAAAUGAAGACCAGUCAGGCCCAUUCCCACUGUGCUUUAACUACCAAGUCCGAGUCCUCUGCUGUGAUGAAGAUCUUUGCACAUCUAAGCCUACAACCAUUUCACCAACAACUACAAGACCACCUGUUACGACGACAACAACAACUACAACAGCAACCACCCCCACUAUAUCAACAACCACGUUGAAUACAAAAACCCCUACCUGCACAGUUUGUGAGUGGUCACCUUGGUAUAAUGUGGACUAUCCUCAAUUUGGUCCUGGGGGUGGCGACAAUGAAUCAAUUAAAAAGAUUCUAGAAUCUGGAAAACAUAUUUGUGAAAAACCAGUGGAUGUCAUGUGCCAAGCAGUGCGAUAUCCAGGGAUCCCAUUGUCUGAAUUAGGACAGAAGGUAGAAUGUAAUACAAAGGUUGGAUUAAUAUGCCAGAACAAAGAUCAAGGUAUUCCUCCAAUAUGCCUUGACUAUGAAAUUAAGGUAAAAUGUUGUAAGACUGUGAAAUGUCACACUACAACACAAGAAACUACAACUACACCUACUGUCACAACUACAAUAAUGUCAACAUCCACAUUAACUACAAUAACAAGUAAACCAAUGACAAUCACUACUCCUCCAACCUCAACUCAACCUCUGACCACAACUACAACUCCAACCACCACAACAACACCCACUACUACGAUCUUGACAUCGCCUGCUCCAGCUACCACAUCAACAACAAUUCCUUCGACCACGACUCCUACACCCACUACUACAAUCUUAACUUCGACAGCUCCAUCUACCACAAAAACAACAACUCUGCCUUCUACUACAACUCCAACCUCUACUCCUACAUCAACCUCAACAGGAGCAUCAACUACCCAGUGCAGUGGUGUAGAAAGUUGUGUGUGGUCAGACUGGAUCAACCUUGGUCAGCCAACCUCUGGCUCUGAAGGUGGAGAUAAUGAAUCCAUUAAGAACAUCAUUGCUAGUGGUUAUCACAUUUGCUCAGCUCCAGAGGCAGUUGAAUGUAGAGCAAAACAAUACCCUGGACUUCAGAUCUCUCAGCUUGGCCAAGACGUGACUUGCAAUCCAUCCGUUGGACUGAUUUGUAAAAACAAUAAGCAAGGUCUUCAGCAAAAGUGCUUCGAUUACGAGAUACGAGUGAAAUGUUGUCAAUGUCCUCCCACAACACACAUCCCGACAACAGCAACAACAACAACAACAGUUCUGUCGACCACGACUCCUACACCCACUACUACAAUCUUAACUUCGACAGCUCCAUCUACCACAAAAACAACAACUCUGCCUUCUACUACAACUCCAACCUCUACUCCUACAUCAACCUCAACAGGAGCAUCAACUACCCAGUGCAGUGGUGUAGAAAGUUGUGUGUGGUCAGACUGGAUCAACCUUGGUCAGCCAACCUCUGGCUCUGAAGGUGGAGAUAAUGAAUCCAUUAUGAACAUCAUUGCUAGUGGUUAUCACAUUUGCUCAGCUCCAGAGGCAGUUGAAUGUAGAGCAAAACAAUACCCUGGACUUCAGAUCUCUCAGCUUGGCCAAGACGUGACUUGCAAUCCAUCAGUUGGACUGAUUUGUAAAAACAACAAGCAAGGUCUUCAGCAAAAGUGCUUCGAUUACGAGAUACGAGUGAAAUGUUGUCAAUGUCCUCCCACAACACACAUCCCGACAACAGCAACAACAACAACAACAGUUCUGUCGACCACGACUCCUACACCCACUACUACAAUCUUAACUUCGACAGCUCCAUCUACCACAAAAACAACAACUCUGCCUUCUACUACAACUCCAACCUCUACUCCUACAUCAACCUCAACAGGAGCAUCAACUACCCAGUGCAGUGGUGUAGAAAGUUGUGUGUGGUCAGACUGGAUCAACCUUGGUCAGCCAACCUCUGGCUCUGAAGGUGGAGAUAAUGAAUCCAUUAAGAACAUCAUUGCUAGUGGUUAUCACAUUUGCUCAGCUCCAGAGGCAGUUGAAUGUAGAGCAAAACAAUACCCUGGACUUCAGAUCUCUCAGCUUGGCCAAGACGUGACUUGCAAUCCAUCCGUUGGACUGAUUUGUAAAAACAACAAGCAAGGUCUUCAGCAAAAGUGCUUCGAUUACGAGAUACGAGUGAAAUGUUGUCAAUGUCCUCCCACAACACACAUCCCGACAACAGCAACAACAACAACAACAGUUCUGUCGACCACGACUCCUACACCCACUACUACAAUCUUAACUUCGACAGCUCCAUCUACCACAAAAACAACAACUCUGCCUUCUACUACAACUCCAACCUCUACUCCUACAUCAACCUCAACAGGAGCAUCAACUACCCAGUGCAGUGGUGUAGAAAGUUGUGUGUGGUCAGACUGGAUCAACCUUGGUCAGCCAACCUCUGGCUCUGAAGGUGGAGAUAAUGAAUCCAUUAAGAACAUCAUUGCUAGUGGUUAUCACAUUUGCUCAGCUCCAGAGGCAGUUGAAUGUAGAGCAAAACAAUACCCUGGACUUCAGAUCUCUCAGCUUGGCCAAGACGUGACUUGCAAUCCAUCCGUUGGACUGAUUUGUAAAAACAACAAGCAAGGUCUUCAGCAAAAGUGCUUCGAUUACGAGAUACGAGUGAAAUGUUGUCAAUGUCCUCCCACAACACACAUCCCGACAACAGCAACAACAACAACAACAGUUCUGUCGACCACGACUCCUACACCCACUACUACAAUCUUAACUUCGACAGCUCCAUCUACCACAAAAACAACAACUCUGCCUUCUACUACAACUCCAACCUCUACUCCUACAUCAACCUCAACAGGAGCAUCAACUACCCAGUGCAGUGGUGUAGAAAGUUGUGUGUGGUCAGACUGGAUCAACCUUGGUCAGCCAACCUCUGGCUCUGAAGGUGGAGAUAAUGAAUCCAUUAAGAACAUCAUUGCUAGUGGUUAUCACAUUUGCUCAGCUCCAGAGGCAGUUGAAUGUAGAGCAAAACAAUACCCUGGACUUCAGAUCUCUCAGCUUGGCCAAGACGUGACUUGCAAUCCAUCCGUUGGACUGAUUUGUAAAAACAACAAGCAAGGUCUUCAGCAAAAGUGCUUCGAUUACGAGAUACGAGUGAAAUGUUGUCAAUGUCCUCCCACAACACACAUCCCGACAACAGCAACAACAACAACAACAGUUCUGUCGACCACGACUCCUACACCCACUACUACAAUCUUAACUUCGACAGCUCCAUCUACCACAAAAACAACAACUCUGCCUUCUACUACAACUCCAACCUCUACUCCUACAUCAACCUCAACAGGAGCAUCAACUACCCAGUGCAGUGGUGUAGAAAGUUGUGUGUGGUCAGACUGGAUCAACCUUGGUCAGCCAACCUCUGGCUCUGAAGGUGGAGAUAAUGAAUCCAUUAAGAACAUCAUUGCUAGUGGUUAUCACAUUUGCUCAGCUCCAGAGGCAGUUGAAUGUAGAGCAAAACAAUACCCUGGACUUCAGAUCUCUCAGCUUGGCCAAGACGUGACUUGCAAUCCAUCCGUUGGACUGAUUUGUAAAAACAACAAGCAAGGUCUUCAGCAAAAGUGCUUCGAUUACGAGAUACGAGUGAAAUGUUGUCAAUGUCCUCCCACAACACACAUCCCGACAACAGCAACAACAACAACAACAGUUCUGUCGACCACGACUCCUACACCCACUACUACAAUCUUAACUUCGACAGCUCCAUCUACCACAAAAACAACAACUCUGCCUUCUACUACAACUCCAACCUCUACUCCUACAUCAACCUCAACAGGAGCAUCAACUACCCAGUGCAGUGGUGUAGAAAGUUGUGUGUGGUCAGACUGGAUCAACCUUGGUCAGCCAACCUCUGGCUCUGAAGGUGGAGAUAAUGAAUCCAUUAAGAACAUCAUUGCUAGUGGUUAUCACAUUUGCUCAGCUCCAGAGGCAGUUGAAUGUAGAGCAAAACAAUACCCUGGACUUCAGAUCUCUCAGCUUGGCCAAGACGUGACUUGCAAUCCAUCCGUUGGACUGAUUUGUAAAAACAACAAGCAAGGUCUUCAGCAAAAGUGCUUCGAUUACGAGAUACGAGUGAAAUGUUGUCAAUGUCCUCCCACAACACACAUCCCGACAACAGCAACAACAACAACAACAGUUCUGUCGACCACGACUCCUACACCCACUACUACAAUCUUAACUUCGACAGCUCCAUCUACCACAAAAACAACAACUCUGCCUUCUACUACAACUCCAACCUCUACUCCUACAUCAACCUCAACAGGAGCAUCAACUACCCAGUGCAGUGGUGUAGAAAGUUGUGUGUGGUCAGACUGGAUCAACCUUGGUCAGCCAACCUCUGGCUCUGAAGGUGGAGAUAAUGAAUCCAUUAAGAACAUCAUUGCUAGUGGUUAUCACAUUUGCUCAGCUCCAGAGGCAGUUGAAUGUAGAGCAAAACAAUACCCUGGACUUCAGAUCUCUCAGCUUGGCCAAGACGUGACUUGCAAUCCAUCCGUUGGACUGAUUUGUAAAAACAACAAGCAAGGUCUUCAGCAAAAGUGCUUCGAUUACGAGAUACGAGUGAAAUGUUGUCAAUGUCCUCCCACAACACACAUCCCGACAACAGCAACAACAACAACAACAGUUCUGUCGACCACGACUCCUACACCCACUACUACAAUCUUAACUUCGACAGCUCCAUCUACCACAAAAACAACAACUCUGCCUUCUACUACAACUCCAACCUCUACUCCUACAUCAACCUCAACAGGAGCAUCAACUACCCAGUGCAGUGGUGUAGAAAGUUGUGUGUGGUCAGACUGGAUCAACCUUGGUCAGCCAACCUCUGGCUCUGAAGGUGGAGAUAAUGAAUCCAUUAAGAACAUCAUUGCUAGUGGUUAUCACAUUUGCUCAGCUCCAGAGGCAGUUGAAUGUAGAGCAAAACAAUACCCUGGACUUCAGAUCUCUCAGCUUGGCCAAGACGUGACUUGCAAUCCAUCCGUUGGACUGAUUUGUAAAAACAACAAGCAAGGUCUUCAGCAAAAGUGCUUCGAUUACGAGAUACGAGUGAAAUGUUGUCAAUGUCCUCCCACAACACACAUCCCGACAACAGCAACAACAACAACAACAGUUCUGUCGACCACGACUCCUACACCCACUACUACAAUCUUAACUUCGACAGCUCCAUCUACCACAAAAACAACAACUCUGCCUUCUACUACAACUCCAACCUCUACUCCUACAUCAACCUCAACAGGAGCAUCAACUACCCAGUGCAGUGGUGUAGAAAGUUGUGUGUGGUCAGACUGGAUCAACCUUGGUCAGCCAACCUCUGGCUCUGAAGGUGGAGAUAAUGAAUCCAUUAAGAACAUCAUUGCUAGUGGUUAUCACAUUUGCUCAGCUCCAGAGGCAGUUGAAUGUAGAGCAAAACAAUACCCUGGACUUCAGAUCUCUCAGCUUGGCCAAGACGUGACUUGCAAUCCAUCCGUUGGACUGAUUUGUAAAAACAACAAGCAAGGUCUUCAGCAAAAGUGCUUCGAUUACGAGAUACGAGUGAAAUGUUGUCAAUGUCCUCCCACAACACACAUCCCGACAACAGCAACAACAACAACAACAGUUCUGUCGACCACGACUCCUACACCCACUACUACAAUCUUAACUUCGACAGCUCCAUCUACCACAAAAACAACAACUCUGCCUUCUACUACAACUCCAACCUCUACUCCUACAUCAACCUCAACAGGAGCAUCAACUACCCAGUGCAGUGGUGUAGAAAGUUGUGUGUGGUCAGACUGGAUCAACCUUGGUCAGCCAACCUCU